GCCAUCAAAACAGUUCAUCGCCUCACAAUUAUAUACUCGCUCCAGGCGUUUCUGGUCGGCGGGUCUGACUGUCGUCUUUCUUCCAUCUCUUACGACUACUCACGGCCUUGUGUCUUACGAGGGUGGGGUAUUUUUGCUUCGUUGACUGGUUCAACUUCCCUCUCUGCAGUCGCUGGUAGACGAAAGAGAAUAAUUCCAACUUGAAGGCUUGGACCAACAAUCGACAUUCUUUACGAAGCAAACAGAUUAUACGUGACUAUUUACGAACUGACAUCAUGGAUCCUCAUGCUCUUUUUAUACGUGCUACCGUCGAAGAGUUGCAUAGGAGGCAAGCCUAUUCAGAUUUCGAAGAAUUGCUCAGGCGGGAAAUUGCUGCCGACGUUGAUGAGUUCGUCAGCAGAACAUUGCAUGAUCGUGCAUUUGUAAGGCCGGGGUCUCAGCAGGCUCAAGCUAAUGCAAACGCGAAUGCCCGUCCGCUUGGUGCUGUCCCAGUGCAACAACCACAAGUGGCCCCUCCUCGACCUUCCUUCGUCUUCCCCCAGAGCUCAUCGGUCGCGUUCCCGUCCAUAAGCCACUCAUUCGCAGUUCCGAGCAGCUCGUUCAUAUCUACCCCUUCGUUCUCGUUCCGUCCAGCGCAACCCGCUUUUACUACUGCUGCUCCUCAGCCACCCCCUGCUGCUCUUCAACCACCUCCUGCUCAGGCCCCUCAAUUACCUCCUGCUGUCGCGCAACCUCCUCCUCAGCGGGCCGCCCAGCCAGCUCCUCCCGCCUCAAAUAACGGUCCUGCCCCACUUCAAGAAGCGCUUGCUUCCAUUUCUGCUGGAGUUGCAGGAAUUGCAUCAUCGGUAUCGGCAGCAGCGGCUUCUGCUACAGCAGGCUCUGAUAAGGAUGCAGACAAGAAGGAUGAGGAACAUGGAUUGAGCCCAGCUGCUAUCGCUGGCAUUGUGGCCUGCGUUGUCCUGGUUCUCCUUCUCAUUAUUUUGAUCGUGGUAUACGCGAUUCGUAGGAAGAACGAUGAUUGGGAGGACCGGAGCGUUAUUGAAGCAUUCCCUCCGGAGGGCAUGGUCGGUCCCGGUGAUAUCGAACAAGCUGGCGAUGACCACGAUGAAAUGCGAGAGGUACCGCUUGACCAAGGUGUAUCACAUCCUGCUUAUGGUGGAAUGGAACAACAAUCCUACCACGCUCAACAUGAGUACGCAGCAUAUGAUCACGGAGCGUCAUAUCAGCCUACCUAUGGUCAACCAGAAGUGGCUCAUGGAGGAUACAACCAGACAGCACCUCCUCAGCUUCCCGAUCCAUUCCAGGAUCCUCAACACCAAGUACCUCUGCGAUCGCCAUUCGACCAUCCGGCUGAUCACUAUGCGCCUGGUGUUAGCCCUCAUCCUGCAGCGCCCUAUCAUGGCAGAGGUGUGCAGUUGAGCGAUCCUCCUGUUCAAUACGGUGGUUAUGAACACGAGUCGAGCUCCCCUCACUCCUCGGUCUCUUCUCGAUCCUCGUUCUCCCGUGAUCCAAGUUCGCCUAAGAGCCCUGACAGUCCAAAGAGUCCCAACCGCAAGCAUCACCAUCAUCACCACAAUGCCAAGAAGCUUCUGAAGGUUAUGAAUGCUUGAGGGCUGUCCCGUUACGCCGUCCACUGCAUGUUCGUGCAUUCAAAGAUCCUUAUGUCACCGUCAUGUACUUUAUGCCCCACCCCUUCCGCGUUGGCUGGUCCGCUUUGGGAGGUCGCUUUCGCCCUCGCGAUAGAUGAUUGAAGGCAGUCAUUUUGUCGCAAUACUGUAUCUUGUCCAUAGGAUAUGCUUUGCAACCGCCAACAUCACUCCACCCCAAUUCACUGAAGAGAUUCAUUAUAAGAUAUGUCACAUUCUACAACGUAGAGGGUACAGUCUCAAUUGGCAAUCGUCUCCUAGUCAUGCGGCGUCUUCUCAUCUACAUUCUUAUCUUCAACUGUCAGACUCUCGACACUCUGAGCGAUCUGUCUCUUUUCUCGCCGCUCUAAAUACCACAAUAACCAAGUGACACCAAG